AUGGAAACCACGCUGGUCAGAGGCAGCUCAGACGAAGAGCCACAGUCAUCCGCAUCAACGACACCGUCACCAGAGCCGACAUCGACAAAACCGACAUUUGUGAUAGAAAUCAAAGCAGCGCCGAAAUAUACCCCAGGAUGUGGCCCGGCGCUGCAGUCCUUGAGGCUGCUGCCGCCCGCGUCAUCCAGCGCAUACAUAGUCGAACGGAUUCUUUUGCCUUCGCCUGGUCUGGCCGCUGACGGCAAACCACUACCUAAGCGGAUGACGUAUAUAGUUGGGUGGCACGAUCUUCCUGCCGCGAGCCUGCUUGUCCCUGCCAUGGAUGUUCUCGACUACGUAUCCCCUAGAACGCUGGAGGAAUGGGAAGAAACCAUGGAAGAGGAAUUAGACCAGGAACGGAUCAGAUUGGCGGGAGAGAAGAAGGUAGGCUUCGAGGGGUUGAAGCAGAGACACAAAGCGCGUCCACCAACCCACACCGCCAUCGAGCCAGCAGCUGCUAUUGAGCCCGAGACUGAAGCUGACGAUGUCGUUCGCCCUAAGAUGGGAGCGAUCAGCUUGUCUACCCCGCAAAAGCGCAAAUUGGCAGACUUUGAGGGUCUUUCCGACAACGACAACAGCCCAUCGAAUCAACUUGCCCGCGAAAUGUUUGGGGAAGACGGUCGUGAAGACUCAUGGGAUGUGCCUUCUGCUGGGCUUGGAAAUGAGGAUAUGCGUCUUGAAUUCGUGAGUGACACGGUGGACAGCGAUGGCGCACGGAAACCUAAAAGGCCCUAUAUAAAUACACCUGUUCCCUUGCCGUCGUACAUAAACGGGAUCUUGGAAUAUGCGACUUCGUCAAUAGAACCAAAACCAUCACCAACCCCGACGUUCAAGGCGGACGAUGCUUCGCAGCAUCCUGGCCACACUGAUUUAGUAGCCUCUAUUGAAGGAACCACUUCUUCCAGCGCUGCCGGAUUUAAUGCCGUUACCGGUAGUUCAAUAUUUCCGAACAUGUCGAACACACGAGAGUCAACUAGAGACAAUGCAGCAUGGACCCCUGCUGCUGGACAGGCUAAUAGUUCCGCGAAAAAGUCGACACGGCCCAAAUCCGCCAAAAAGAGACACAAAGAAUCACCGCUUAUCGAAAAGAUGGCGGAAGAUGGAGAGCCAACUUGGGAAGUGGAAAGGUUAGAGGAUGUGGCGGUUUACGAUGUCGAGGGCCAGGGCCUGGUGAGAUACUUCUUCGUUCGCUGGGCGGGUGAUUGGCCACCAGACCAGCAAACUUCCUGGGAGCCAGAAGGUAAUAUUCCGCGGAAUCUGAUUCGAAACUACUUUAAGAUGGAUAAGAAGAGGAGAGCCAAGCUUGCCGCCCAGAAUCAGCGUCAACGAGGACCACCAGAGAGGGUUGGAUGGGGCAACUCGAACGCUACAUCUACUGGCUCUGUCAACGAAAUGUACCAGACGGAGGACCAAGGAGAUGAUGACUUGCUUGGCGCGCCCCAUACAAUCAAUGAUAAGGGUAGCUUAUUUGUUGGGGAUGAUCUGGACUACGAUACGUUCUACGAGGACGAAUCUGAGACAAGGGACUUGCGGGAGAAAGCAUCCGCGGCACUACCUCCGCUGUUUGGUGUGUAUUAA